CGGGACUUCCCCGCGUGCCAAGUACCCACCGGUACUGCAGCCCAGGUCCUGCACUGAACUUCAAUCCAGGGGGACAAGGGCGCACCGUUCAUGGCCCCCUAGACGUUUCGUUUUUAUGUCGAAAAGCAUGUGCAUUAAUGCUCAGGGAACCAAUUCGGCCCCCGAUGUUCAAUAACCUAUAACUUCUGCCUUCCCCCGGGCUAAUCGUCUGAAGAUCAUCAGCCGACAUAUCCCCUAGAUCGUCUUGACAGGCCAGUCGUCGACGAAAAUUCGAGAUGCUCUCACUCAAGGCCCUGUUGAGAUUCGCCUCAGUGGCUGUCGCCGUCGUCCUCCCGACGUUGGCACAGGCGCAGGAACCCUCUCUCUCGGUCCGCUCGCCCGCUGUGAGCUACAACAACACGCUGGUAAAACAGCGCGCCGAUCCCCAGAUCUUCAAGCACACCAAUGGACACUACUACUUUACCGCCACUGUGCCCGAGUAUGACCGUGUCGUGAUGCGCCAGGCCGACAGUAUCCAAGGCCUCAGCACGGCCCAGGAGAAGACAAUCUGGGCUCGCUCACAGUCGAAAGCUGGAACUGGUUACGUCUGGGCCCCUGAGCUCCACCUAAUCGAUGACAAGUGGUACAUCUACUUUGCGCUGGGCCGUACUGCUCCCUUCGACGUCCGUCCCUUUGUCAUCGAAGGCACGGGCUCCGACGACCCUAUGGCCGCUAGCUGGGCCGAAAAGGGCUUUAUUACUACCGACUAUGACACCUUCUCCCUCGACGCUACCACGUUCGAGGUUAAUGGCGUCCGCUACCUCAGCUGGGCUCAAUCCGACCCAAAGUUCGACAAUGGUAGUGGCACCUCUCUGUUCCUCGCCCGCAUGACGAACCCCUGGACCAUCGAGCGCCCCUCCAUCGUCAUCAGCCGGCCCGACCAGCCCUGGGAGCGCAUCGGCCACAACGUCAACGAGGGUUCGUGGGGCAUGGUCAGGAACGGCAAGGUCUUCGUGACCUACUCGGCAGCCGCCACCGAUGCCAACUACUGCAUGGGUAUGGUGACUGCUGAUGCGAACUCGAAUUUGAUGAACACGACCAGCUGGAAAAAGUCCAAGGACCCCGUCUUCGUCACCAACAAUGCUACGUCGCAGUUUGGACCCGGGCACUCGGCAUUUACCGUCUCAGACGAUAACCAAAGCGAUGUGCUUGUCUACCAUGCCAGGCAGUAUAGGGAUAUUAAGGGCGAGCCUCUGGACAACCCUGACCGCCACGCCCGUGUGCAGAAGCUCUACUGGCGCUCCGACGGCACCCCCGACUUUGGAAUUCCCAUCCCUGACGGUCCCCACCCUGUUCGCCUCCGCUCCUCGGCCGACCAGGACCUCUACAUCGGCAUCGCCAACAACGCAGUUCAGAGCCUCAAGGACGCACCCGUCCAAAACACACAGUUCAAGAUGGUCGAUCCCGGUCUAGGUGGCGCCGGCACCAUCAGCUUCGAGAGCACCGCCCAGCCUGGCAAAUACCUCUCGGCCGCCAGCAGCUCGGUCAGCCUGGCGACCCUCAACACAAACAGCGACUCCGGAGCGCGCGGCAAUGCCUCGUUCCGUCGCGUGGCUGGCCUGUCGGACGCGACUGGUGUUUCGUUUGAGUCUCUCGCCAAGGCCGGGAGUUAUCUUGUGUCAGGCGGAAACGGUGUUGCGGCCUCUGUCGCCCCAUCUACUGGCGCCGAGGCUACAUUCUACUUGGAGUAAUUAUUCUUAUUCUCUCUUAUUCUUCUUUGGGCUGGUCUUAAAAAAAAACGGGAGAAAAAAAAAACAAUGAGGCGAGAUGCUCUUGGUCCUUGGAGGGCCAUGAUGCCAUCCCAUGUGGCCCCUUUUUAAUGAAAAGAAAGAAAACAACCAAAGCUUCAAGCCUCACAAACAAUGGGACGACCAUCGGAAAGAUCGAAAUAGCCUUCUAAUGAUGAUUAUCGGCAUAAUAAUCUGUA